AUGUACGGAAUCAUCUUCGGUGCGGUGCUCCUGACCUCCACGCUCGGCUGGAUCAUCGGCAGCCAUGUGUAUCGUUAUUUCAGAGACGAGAAAGGCCUCAGACGGUAUCCGGGCAUGGACUGGCUCGCGCCAUUCACAAACGUAGCCUUCAUGCUCGAAUCCAACAAAGGCUUUCGAUCCAAACGACUGCAAGAACUUCAUGCCAAAGGCAUGCCAGUCAUCCGCACCGGCCCAAACUCGCUAUCCUACUCGGACCCCAAGGCCAUCCGCGACAUCUACGGUCACAGUACGAAAUGCCGGAAAGAUGGGCAAUACGACAUUCUUUCUGGCAGCCACACACAUCUCGCGGAUGUCACAGAUUCCGGAGAGCAUGCACGCAAGCGCAAAGUGCUUUCCUCGGCGUAUGCGCUCAAGAAUCUCGAGGAGUGGGAGUUCAAGGUCGCAUACACGACUGGCCGUAUGAUCAACCAAUUCGACAAACGAUGCGGCGGGGAGAUCAUCGACUACCGAUCCUGGACAAACUUCUUCGCCCUCGAUGCCAUUGCCUACAUCGGCCUUAGUCAACCGAUGGGCUUCCUCGAUGCCGGCAACGAUCGAUGCAUCUCUGCUGGUUUCGACGGCUCUACGAAAGAGGUGAACUUCCGGGAAUGUCUGUAUGGCACAUCGACCGCACAAUCCAUCCUUGCCUGGUCAUAUCCCUGGUACAAGCAUAUUGUCUCCCUUUCAAAGCUCGUAUCUCCACGCUUCCGCAAUUACUGGAACUUGAACAAGGACUGGGAUGGCAUCUACCUUCACCAGACCAACCAACGCCUCGCUCGCUAUGUCAAAGGCGAAGAGCUAGACGACUUUUUCCAAGCAUUGAUGCACGACAAGAAUGGUGCUUCUCACAACUUGGAUUUCGGAGAGAUUCUCGCCGAGAUUUCAAUCAUGAUGAACGCCGGCAGCACGACGACGGCCAUCGCGAUGGCGAACGUGAUGUAUCAGCUCCUCAUCAACUCAGAGUUCAUGCGCCGAUUACAAGAAGAACUCGACUCCGUGCUGGACGACGAAGACAUCGUCGCGCCCUACGAGAAAGUCAAAUACCUUCCGUACCUCCGCGCUUGCCUGGACGAGAGUCUGCGUCUCUUCCCUCCCACUUCCCACGGCUUGCCUCGCGUCACUCCCCCAGAAGGCACAUCCAUCCUCGGAGAAUAUAUUCCCGGCGGUGUCACAGUCUCCAUGUCCUCGUACGUCGUCCACCGAGAUCCGACCAUCUUCCCCGAGCCCGAGAAGUACAAUCCCGAUCGGUGGCUCGGCGAAGCGGGCAAGGAACUGGGACCGUAUUUUGUCAGCUUCUCUGCGGGUGCGCGAGGCUGCAUUGGACGGAACAUUUCCUAUCUGGAACAGACUGUCGCGCUGGCGACUAUGGUGCAUCGGUAUGAUAUUACUUUGGCGAGACCUGAUUUCGUGCCGGAUAGGAGGGAGACGUUCAAUUUGCAUCCUAACGAAUUGCCGAUUGUCUUGAAGUUACGGCAGCGUGUUGAUGAGUUGAUUUAA